AGCUUUGGAACCUAAGAAACCAAGGAAGGCUUAAGAUGCAGAACCUUUCUUCUCUCUGAGGACUGCCUUGUAGGAGGCCAUUUGGAAAGUAAUUUUGAAACACUGCUCCUUUGCCAGUAUCUGAAAGGUGCUGGAUGGUGUCAGCUGGAAGAUGAGGGGCAACCUGAGGUAGCUGAAAAAACUUUGGAUUAGGUGUCAAAAGGGCAUAGUCCCAGCAUUUCUGGAGGCCAAGGCCGGAAGAUCACUUGAUUCCAGGAGUUUGAAACCAGCCUGGACAACAUAGUGCCAGGUCUCAUCUCCAGGCCUUUCCUCUAGGCCAGGCAGUGUGGAAGGAAGCAUUUGCUGGGACGCAGUAUGACCAGGACCCAGAAGGGAAAGACCUUUCUCCCCCAUUGCUUCUAUCAGUCACUGCCCCCACGGCUGGGAUGGGGCAUGAUUUUAAACUACUCAAAACUGAAAGGCAAGGAGGAGUGUGCCUCUGUCUCCAGUGUGCCUAUGGUCUUCUUCAGCUCACAGUACCAUCUACACCGCAAGAGCCAAUAUUUGAAAAUGGCUGCUGCAAACCUUACCUUCUCUCAGGAGGUGGUGUGGCAGCGAGGACUGCCCAGCAUUCCUUAUAGCCAGUACAGCUUUGACCACCUCUACAAUACCAAUGACAUCAUCCAUACUCCCCGGAUCAGGAAGGCCCGGCCUCAGAAACCUGUUAGCUUCAAGUUCCUAGGUUCCUCAAGUCCCUUAACAGGAGACACCUCCCUGGCUGUGAAGACAGAAAGCUCUGCCAAUCCUGAAAAGAAGCUGAAGAAAUCAAAGCCAGCCAGCACCGUCUGGGAAGCACCCCACCCUCUCAUCCAUCAUCCCUGCAUGCAUCCAGAUAUGCUGGGUCGGCCACCUUCUCCAGAUGUGAACCUGGAGGAAAGAGAAGCCUGGCUUCUGCCUCCUGAGAAGGAGGCCAGAGUGUGGGAGGCCACUGUGCUGGAAAAGCUGAACAAGCGCACAGCCCGAUGGAUCCAGAGCAAGCGUCCUCGAAGGCCUGGGGCAUCCCCCAACAAGUGGCAGAGCUUCCUGCGCCAGCAGUACGACUGGAGUCACAUUCGGGAUGAGCUUACCUCUGCCAGUGACCUGGAGCUCCUGAAACAGCUGGAGGCAGAAGAGACAGCAGAGUUUGAGGAUCAAAGUGUCAUCCUGCCCCCACAGGAAAAGAAGAAGCCAGAACUGCUGCUUCCCGUUUACUACAGAUUGCCCAGUUACUUCCAACAAGCAGAGACAGUUGAGAUCAUGCCUGGCAACAAGAGCACUGAGGAUAUCCAUGAAAAGACGAGCCUCUCCCAGCCCCAAACCCAGAGCUACUUUCGCCAGGUGACUCCCCGAGCUGGAAAGUUUGCCUACUCCACAGACAACACCUUUGAACAGGAGAUUUACUUUGAUGAAGUCCAGAUAAUCCACCAGAUUGGUGCAAAGAGAGACCAGAUUGUCCUGGAAAACCUAAAUCGGUACAACAAGCAGCUAUCUAAGGUCUUCCCUGAAACUCCAGAAAAGUGGAGUGCCCAGGCAAUUCCUGAAGCAUCUUACAGACCUGUGCAAGGAGCCCUGCGCUGGACUGCUUUGCCCACCCCCGCCAAGGAUAUGCUGCUGCAGGUGGGUGAGAAGGAUGUGCCUAUUAAGACCAGGAGAUUGAAGAAGCAGGCAAAAUCACUGCAGGAGGAUGUGACCUGGGAACUGGUGGUCCUGCGGAGGAUGCUGAAGGAAUGGAAGACUGCCUGGGCUCUGAUCAUAGAGUGGCACCAUGAGACAGUAGAGAACCUGCUUCAGAGCUUGGGAGACCUGCAUGAUGACAUUCGGAUCAAAGCUAUCACCAUAUGUGCCACAGCUGCUUUGGAACGGCCCCGGAUUGCCACCAGCCAGAGAGACUCAGACAAGACCAUCCAGGACUUGCCAGAGGUUCUACUGCCUGCCCUAGAGGCUGCUCUUUGUGACAAGAAUGCCCAUGUGCGGAUGGCAGCAGCAAUAUGCCAAUAUGCCAUACAGUCACAUAAUCCCCUUGCCCGGAACAUCAUGCAGACUGCCCUUCUGAAGGGUAACAGUGUGGAUAGCUGGGCUGCAGCUCAGUGCCUGGCUCUGGAAGGUACUGCUACUUACCCUGUGAUUAAGAGGAUCCUCCACCAGCUGUUUACAAAGAAGAAUGAGGACACUGAGGAACAGUCUUAUAUCCUCCUGAGCUAUCUGAGUGAGAAGACAACCCUGAUACACACCAUGCUUGCUGUGGAGCUGAACAGCUGUCAAUGGAAGAACCGGAUUGUGGCCUGCCAGGCUUUCUCCCGGAUCAGUGGAAAUGUCUGCUUGGAUAUGAAACAUAAGUUGAUCCAGCUGAUGUGGAAUGACUGGAAUAAGGAAGUGAGGAGAGCAGCUGCGCAGGCGCUUGGGCAAAUGAGCCUCGGGAAAGAGGUGCACGACAUUAUCAGGGUCAAGCUAGGUCAAGGAAAUUCCCAGGAGCGUGUGGAAGCUCUCUACCUGAUAGGUGAGCUCAAGCUUAUGACCGCCAAGCUUCUCCCAAGCUUCCUGCACUGCUUCUCUGAUGACUUCACAGCAGUUCGGCGGGCAGCCUGUUUGGCAGCUGGUGCCCUACAGAUCCGCGACAAGAUGGUGCUUGAAUGCCUCCUGAACCUGAUGCAGAGAGAUCCUUACUGGAAAAUCAAGGCCUUUGCCAUUCGAGCUUUGGGACAGAUUGGACAAGUAAGUCCCGAGCUGACGGAUCUUCUGCUCUGGGCUAUCCACUAUGAAGAGUCACCAGGUGUACGGCUGGAAGCUUGCCGUAGCAUCCUAGCCCUGAAACUUCAAGGGGACCGGGUCAGGGACACCUUCCUAGACGUGCUGCUCCUGGAGAACCACGAUGCUGUUCUAAAGGAAAUGUACCAGACAAUGAAGAUACUCAACUUAGGAAAUGAAGGAAACCAAGAAAUGCUUCAGGAGAUCAAGAACAGGAUUAAAACACUAAGCCAAAAGGACUUGCUGACACACAAAAUACUCAAGCUGGAGAUGGUCAUGGGAAAAGUGAGGGAGGAAGCAAAACGUGUUUACUUGAAACCCAAAGGAGAACAAGAACCACUAACACUCCAGACUUUACUCCAAGAAACUUUUCAGGAUGAGAUGGUUCUUCCUAGAAGACCUUCCGAGGUUUGUGACACUGAAGCAGUGAUAAAGCCUGUGAAGCCCCGCGCACCAAAUCCCUGGUUACAAAGUUCAGUCCCAGGCCUAACCACACGAAGCAAAGUUCGUUCACCACUUGUCAAAGAUUUACGCACCUCCCGCGAGAAAAGGAAUGCUGUGGGACCAUUUAGAUCCGACUACCCAGCUCUUUAUCUGGGUAAAUUCUCAGAGAGAACAUUUUUUUCUCCCAUCAUGUCUUCUCCCUCUGGAAAGAAAGGUGCUCAUCUCUAAGCUGAACACUUGUCUUACUUCAAGAUGCAGGAAGCAGUGGACCUGGUCACAUUGGGUCUUUUUAAUUGAUACUGUACAAUCUUGUUGUCACUAUGUUUAUAAAGAGAAAUUAUUUAACAGUA